GGAGCGCGGAGCCGCCGCGCACAUCUGUGCCCGCAGCGCCACGCACCGCACAGCGCACCGGCGCGGAGGAUGCGCCGGGAGGGCGGGCACCGCCCAGGGACGCCCCGUCGCUGAGGCGCGCCGACGAUGAGGCUGCCGCUGGCGCUGCUGGCCCUGGCCGCCCUGGGGGCCGUCGGCUCGGGCCGGGAGGCGGCGGAGGAGGCGCGGGCGGGCCGGUUCUCCACGCCGGAGCGGCACCGGUGCCGCUGGGAGCUGCGCUCGGCGGCGGGGCCCAGCGAGCUGCGGCUGAGCUGCCGGGCGGCGGGCGGCGGGGCGGAGCGGAGCUGCACCUACCGCGGGGAGCCGCGGCUCUGCCCGGCCUUCGGCGCCCGCAGCCGCCAGUACUGGCGGCAGAUCGUGUCCCGGCUGCGGCGGCGGCAGCACCCCUGCGCCCCGGGAGCGCCGCUCAGCGCCCGCCUGUGCGGCCCGGGCCGGGCCCCGCCUGAGGCACAGCUGCGCCUGCUGCCCGAGCCCGGCCCGGCCCCCGGCCCGGAGCCCACCGAGGAGCCGGCGAGCACCUACUGCGCCGAGCGCUGGCACUCGCUGUGCAGCUUCUUCGUCGGCUUCUGGGAGGGCUGAGCCGCCCCGGCCCGCGGGAKGGAGCGCGGCCGCCCGGCCCGGACACUGCCGGCCUCGCCCGCCCUCAGCCACCGCCGCCAAUGCCCCCCGACUCUGUCCGCUCUCCUCUUUUAUUCCCCAAUAAAGCGGUAACUAUUU